GAGGCCUAUCAGAAACUGACCAAUCAUCUAAAGGCAGUAUCUGUGGCGCAUCAUCUGUGGCUGUGAACUAUCAACAACCCCUCCAACCGUCCGCAGUCCAAGCAGCUUCAUGUUCUGUUCAUACAUCGCCAGCUGGAUUGGACAGAUAUUCCGCUUCUAGCGUAUUACCGACUGCUUUACAAGUCACCGAUACUGCGAAGAGCCACGAAUGCAAAAUGUCGAAGAUUAUCGAGGUCGAGUCGGAAGUACAGCUUCAUGAAAUCAUUCACAACACACAGAUGGUCAUAAUGGACUUUUACGCGGACUGGUGUGGUCCAUGCAAAGCCAUUGCUCCCAUAUACGAUCAAAUGGCCCAAACUCUCGCACAGCCUAGGGUUAUCGGCUUUACCAAGAUCAACACUGACCGCCAGGACCGAAUAGCUCAAGCUUACGGUGUGACGUCGAUGCCGACCUUCAUAUUCAUUCGCCAUCGCGAAGAAGUGGCUAGAGUUCAAGGCGCAAACGCGAAGGAACUCCAAGCGGCGUUCGACACGAUGACCGCAAACGUCCCGCAACCUGCGGUGGGAGUGCCCUCCGCAUCGACCAGCAAACAAGAAGGCUCUUGGAAAGGCUCCUCGAUUCCUCGCGGGUUCACCGAUGCCACAGAGGAGGUCGACAUCAGAGGGUUGGAUCUUUUGAACGCCGAUAGCGAAUUUGGCGGCGCCCGGACCCUUUUCGAUCUAUCGGCACCGACGUCGUUGAAUAAAGGCAAAUCGAAAGACAGCUCAUCGCAAGCGGGGAGUUCAAAAGAUUGGGUUGAAAGCGACAUCGACCCACAGCUCAUGCUCUACGUCCCGUUCAACUCGACGCUCAAAGUCCAUUCAAUACAUAUCACCUCGCUGCCGCCGAGCUCAGAAGGAAGCGAUGAAAUCCCCAUGCGGCCACGAACGAUACGGAUCUUCGUCAACCACGCGCACAAUCUGGGGUUCGAGGAGGGAGAAGACAUGACCCCGACACAAGCCGUUGAACUCGGCGAUGGAGAUUGGGAUCCGGAAACCGGAACGGCCAAGCUCGAGCUUCGCUAUGUCAAGUUCCAGAAUGUGUCAAGCCUUGUGGUGUUUGUCGUCGAUGGAGACGGUGAUGGCGAGCGGACGCGGAUUGACCGGAUACGGUUCAUUGGGGACGUGGGCGAGAAGAGGGAAAUGGGGAAGUUGGAGAAGAUUGGGGAUCACGAAUGAGCGGAGAGGAUAGAUAACUUCGCAUGCACCCCGAAUUACAUGUAUUAUGUACCAUCACAAUCAUCCCUAGUCCUUAACCGCCAGAUGGGCGGAAUCUGACGGGAUCAUGGUUUAUGCAGCGACAACAGCACUUGUCCCCGUGUAAAUCAAGCUUACUACAUAUAUAUCGAGCCUUGCAGAAAGGUUGCAUUUGUACACAAGCUUCCCACAUCA